AUGCCUCCGAUCCUCUAUGUCAUUCGCCAUGCACAGGGCGAACACAAUGUCAAUGACUCUCACCAUCUGCGGGACGCAUUGCUAACGGAGAUUGGAAAAGCUCAGUGUAGAGAACUCCAGGAGAAAUUUUCGUUUCUACAAGACAUUGAAGUUAUCCUUUCGUCUCCUCUCCGACGUACUAUCCAGACUGCGGCCUAUACAUUCGCACCUGAAUUGGAAAAACGACAAAUACCCAUUGUUUUGGUUCCCAAAGCACAGGAGAUCAGCAGUUUGGCGUGUGACAUUGGCCAUGACGCCGAGGUCACUAUUUCAGAGGCCCCGAAGCUAAUUGCCAACGCUGCCCCUCUAUGGGAUGCUUCCAAUUUGGAUACGACGUUGAAAGGAAUUUAUGCGUCAACCUUGCCGGCCGUUCAUCAACGGGCUGCUGAGAUGCGUAACUGGAUUUACAACCGCCCGGAGAAGCAUAUCGCGCUCGUGACUCACGGAGGUUUCUUGCAUUACUUCACUGAGGAUUGGACGGGCUACGUAAAAGGCAAAGGCACUGGCUAUUUGAAUUGCGAGUACCGGAAAUUGGAGUUUACGGACGACUCUAACGAAAAGGAGUCGCAUCUUAGGGAAUGUGGUAGCACGUUGGAAAAACAAGCCAGACCAGCUGGCCUUGAUGCUCACUUGAUCCAUGAGAUCGAAGAAGUGGAAAAAGCGUUAUGA